CCUCUGCACCUGCUCCUCCCCUACUGCCUUGCUUAUUAUCAUCAAGCUCGGAGCUGCGCUCCGUCCUCGCCAAGUGAUGCUCCUUGGUGGCGCACAUCGGUGCUUAAUUAAUGCAGGGAGCACCGGCGCGGUUUGUUUUCCUCCUCGGGAAAACGCGCACUGAGCGGUGGCCGAACAUGAGAAUUUAAUAGGGAUUAUGAGGGAGUGAGCCAGAGGAGGGAAAGACGACGAGGAGGCGCAGAGGUCCCAUCAGAAAGCGGUGAAGGACUUGGAGCAAGAGGGGGAGGAGGAAAGAGGACUCCGGGAAAGCGGGACGUAAAGGAUGGUUUAUAAGCUUUACGUAGUUUGAUCAGGAUUUUGUCUGUGCGUCGGAGUUCAAAUUUGAUUUGCAGAAAAGGCAUCUUGGAGUUCUCUGGAUCAUUUCUGUUAGUGAUGGAGUGAGAAACAAAGCGCACUGUAAGUUAAGAUCCGCCAUGAAAUCAGUGUUUUUUAGUCGUUUCUUCAUCCUCUUGCCCUGGGUCCUUAUUGUCAUCAUAAUGAUCGACAUUGACAGUAAAAGGGCAAUCCGGGCUCCAACAGCUGGGCGGACCGUCAGAGCGCAGCGGAGCCCACGGGGCGGCUCACCGGGAGCCGGUGGCGCCCAGAACCAGUCAUUGCUCCCCAUCAUCUACGCCAUCACCCCCACGUACAGUCGGCCGGUGCAGAAAGCGGAGCUGACCCGACUGGCCCACGCUUUCCGCCAGGUUCCCCGGCUUCAUUGGAUUGUCGUGGAGGACUCGACCUCACGCACCGACCUGGUGACGCGCUUCCUGGCCCGGUGCGGUGUGCCAUACACGCAUCUGCACAUGUUCACUCCCCGCAGGUUCAAGCGCGCCGGGAUGCCACGCGCCACCGAGCAGAGGAACGCGGCUCUCGCGUGGCUCCGGCAGCACCGCGGCAGACGCGACUCCGGGGUGGUUUUUUUCGCGGAUGACGAUAACACGUACAGCCUGGAGCUGUUCGCAGAGAUGCGAAGUACUCAUGGCGUGUCUAUCUGGCCUGUGGGUUUCGUGGGUGGCCGAUCAUAUGAGCGCCCCCUGGUGUCCGGGGGCAAAGUUGUUGGCUGGUACACUGGCUGGAGACCGGACAGACCCUUUGCCACUGACAUGGCAGGCUUUGCGGUGAAUCUCCAGGUGAUCCUUGCCAACCCACGGGCGCUGUUCAAGAGGCGGGGCUCCCAGCCAGGGAUGCAGGAAUCAGACUUCCUGAAGCAGAUCACCAAGGUUUCCGAGCUGGAGCCCAAGGCAAACAACUGCACACGGGUGCUGGUUUGGCACACUCGCACAGAGAAACCACACCUCGCAAAUGAGCCCAAACUUAAAAAGGACAGCGUCGACAUUGAGGUUUGAUUGCAGCCGUGCGUCACACGUCAGCUGGAAGUGAGCAACAGCGAUCUGCUUUCUGUCCUGAACGGGUGGACAGAAUCUGUUGGGUGGACAAAGACUCUGAGGGUCUGCAUGAUUCAUGACUCUUUGCUGUCCAUCUGAAUGUUGCUGUGGGAGAACUGGACUCAUUUAAAAGAAGGGGAACAUCUUGGAUCAUUCGUUUUCUUCCAUCCACAUCCUGCUGAUGUAAACACAAACAAAUAAAUGUAGAACAUUGUGCUGCUGAACUGAGAAGUGCCACGUGUGUCCCUUUGAUUCAUUGUCUUGUCAAACUAACCGUGGGAUGAUGAUAUAAAAAGGUAUUUCAGAUCAUUUGUGACUGCUUAUUUUACGACUGUGAUUGUGGAAAGCUGGCGUUUUCUGUUUUUGAAGCACAUGUUAAUAAAAUAUGCUCAGUGACA